GGCAAGAUUAAUCCCUAGUCAAACCCUAAGGAGCGGAGCCGGAGCGGCAGCCGCCCUCAAUUUCUUCUGAUUUUCCCUGAAAAUAAAAUAAAAUAGUAAAAAUUCUUGCUGUGGAGUUAGAAUCUAUGGAUCGAGAUUGGGCCGCGUUGCCGACAGAGAUUUUAAAUUUAGUUGUAGGGAGACUGGAGACACCAAAAGAAUUUAGCUUUGUUUGCAGGUCAUGGUGUUCGGCUGCAAAGGGUAUACAGACCCAUUGUGCCGUCACGACAACUCCGAUGAUGUUGAUUUCUUCUGAUGCAGAGAAUGAUAAGUGGCAUUUAUACAAUCCGGUGACCGACAAGGUUCUUAAAACCCAAUUGAGUUUGGGAAGACAACUAUUCUGUGGGUCUUCAAAAGGAUGGUUAAUUGUUGUGGAUGAGAAACGUGUUGUGUCACUGAUAAAUCCAUUCCUUUUUGGUGUUGGAGGGAGAAGAGAUCAUGAAAAGUCAAUAAUUCGCCUUCCUCCGCUAGGCCCUGCAGAUUUGAAUCGGCCUCCUCAUCGUGGAGAUUAUUUUGUCUACAAGGCUACAAUUUCAGAAGAUCCAAUACUAAAUGCCGACAACUGCAUUGUUAUGGUCAUGUUUGCGAACAUGUACAAAUUGGCUUUUAUUCGACUUAACAAAGACAGUAAUUGGACUUAUGUCCCUGAAACGGAAACGGUUGAGCAAAGAAGGUUUUUUAUCGCUGAAGUUGUUACAGUUGAAGAGAGAUUUUAUCUUGUUGAUUAUUUCCGUCAACUCUAUUCUUUGGAUGUUGCUACUCAGUCUGUGUCACCUGUGAAAGUGGUUUUAGGCGGAUUUGUAGUCGAUGACAACUAUAUUUGCAAGGAAUAUCUUGUGGUUUGUAAUGAGAAAACAAUGCUGAUCGUUCGAAGGUGCAUGGACCAUUAUGACGAUCAUGAGACAAAGACAAAAAGAUUCAGAGUCUUUGAACUAAAUAUCAGCAAGGGUGAGUGCACGGAGAAGAACACUUUAGGUGACGUUGCUUUGUUUCUGGGAAACAACUCUUCAAUAUCUGUUUGUGCUUCAAAGUCGGGAUAUCGAGCGAAUUGCAUAUACUUCAUUCAUGAUCAUCUUGUGGUUGAAGGAGGCCUUGGACCAAGUGGAGCUUUUGAUUAUGGCGUCUACAACGUCGAGGAAAAGAGGCUUUUAGAAAAUCCGUUCCACGGAGAUGCUGGGACUCUGAUGAGCAAGACCGAUGUACCUCCGAUAUGGAUUCUACCAACUUAUAAUUUGUAGAGUACUAUGGUUUGGUUUUGUUUGACAUAUGGAUCUGGAACAUAUAUUAGGGGUUUUAGUUUGUAACUGUUUAUGGGUUCCCUCAUAGUCCUGCAAGCCUAUGAAUAUAUACUAUGUUGAAGUUGAUGUGACACAAUGAGUUUCUUGGGUACCUGAUAAUAUAAAUCAGUCUUCUUCUCAUA